AUGGCUAUUUCUGAAGAUGAUGAGGAUGCAAUUGUAGUCGUCACAGCAGCUACAACAUCACUAAUAGCAUGUUAUUAUCAAUACUUUGUAGAGAAGAUUGUAUGUCAUGAUUCAAUUCUUAGUGGCUCAGCUCAUGUAGAUGAAAUUCUUAAUGGACAUGACGUGCGACGUCAAAUCAGUUUUCGAAUGGAAAAACAUGUAUUUUUGUCAUUAUGUGAGUUGUUACAAGAAAAACAGCUGCUUCGACAUAGCAAGGGAGUUAGAGUUGAGGAGAAGGUGGAAAUAUUCAUGCUUGCCAUUGGUCACAAUGAACGUAAUAGAAUACUCCAGGAACGUUUUCAGCAUUCAGGGCCUAGUACCCCUGAUGAGAUAAGAGAAAAUCCAAGAUUUUAUCCAUAUUUUAAGAACUGCAUCGGAGCAAUAGACGGAACUCACAUACCGGCAAUGGUUAGUGAGGAUGAACAAGAUGUUUAUCGGAACAGAAAAGGAUUUAUUUCUCAGAACGUUUUAGUAGCAUGCUCGUUCGAUUUGCAAUUUCAGUAUGUUCUUGCGGGUUGGGAAGGUUCUGCUCAUGACGGGCGUAUAUUGGAUUCAGCUUUAACAAGAUCCGAUAAAUUAAUAGUACCAGAAGGAAAAUAUUAUCUUGGAGAUGCAGGAUUAGCCCUUACGCCAAGUUUUAUUACUCCAUAUCGUGGAGUUCGUUAUCACUUGAAGGAGUGUGGGGGAAAUCGCCCAAGAUAUGCCAAAGAAUUAUUUAAUCUUCGACACUCAUCAUUACGAAAUGUAGUUGAACGUGUUCUUGGAAUACUGAAAAGGCGUUUCACUAUUUUGCAAGUACAACCUCAAUAUCCGUAUGAUCACAAGUGA